AUGGCUCUAAGCAUCUGUUCAAACCUGGGAUCAUCACUUCAGCAUCACAGCCUUCCAGAGUUAACCGCCUAUCCACAAGGCAGCGUAGAGAUAGGAAAUCAUGAGCUCUUUGGUUGUAAUGACAGGCUGAUGUUGUCAGAUUCUUUCAUCAACCCUUUGUAUGAGGUUGACGAUCAGCUGUUUUACUCAGAUAGCUACACCAAUCUCCUCCCAUUCUCCUCUUCUCCCUCGGAUAACACAAGCCCUCUUUCCCCCGAAAUCUCUCCUCUUGAAGAUUUCGAGUCCUACGCCUGCCCGAAACGCCAAAAACUCUACACAGACCAUUUCAACACAAAAUUUGCAACAAGUUUCUUUGAAGGAUAUGUGCCGAAUCCCAAUCCAGGGCCCCCAGAAUUCUUGCCAGAAAUCCCAGUUCCAGAGCCCAAGUUUCAGGUUCCAACAACCUUCAAUGUCGGGAGGACUCUGAGUAUGAUGAAUUCAAAGAAACCAAGCACAGGAGUCAGCUUGUCUGCGCAGAGCAUCGCUGCGCGUGAGAGGAGAAGGAAGAUUACUGAGAAGACACAGGAGCUUGGAAAGCUGAUUCCUGGUGGAAAUAAGAUGAAUACUGCUGAAAUGUUCCAAUCUGCUUCCAAGUAUGUCAAGUUCUUGCAGGCUCAAAUUGGAAUUCUUGAACUCACGGGGACUACUCAGGAAAACACAGAGGCAAUGCAUACUAAAGAACUUCAAACUCUUGUAACGUCUCCAACAAUUCAAGAGAAGUUGUACUUAGAGCAAAAGUGCUUGGUUCCAAGAGAUUUUGUUCAAACCAUUGCCAAUGAUUCCAAGAGAUCCAUGCAAAACCUUUGAAUAUCGUUGAGGAGAUCGAUCAAGAG